AAAUCAUGGAAUUAACGGCAGGUCCGUUUCUGAUAGCUCUGAGUGUGAGAUACACUGUUCUUAUAGUGUUAUUCGAAUCAGCUCAGUGGUCGGCAGCACAAAACAUGGCGUUGAGUCCAGGAGAUCCGAAUUCCUAUUCCCGGCCCGACUUAGCCGUUGUGACGCAUAUUGAUCUGAAGCUACGCGUUGAUUUUGAUAAAAAAGUAUUGCUUGGAAGCGUUAUUUUGGAUGUUAAAAAAUCAGGUGAUACCGACGAAGUGAUUUUGGAUAACCGAGGGUUGAACAUUUCGACUGUAGUGAAUGUUGCCGAUGGCUCGCCAUUAGAGUACAUCAAAGGGGAAUCAGUUGACUAUGGGUCAAAACUCAGCAUCAAGUUGCCUCAAGAGCAAUCUCAAAAUAAUAUAUAUAAAAUUGAAAUAAAGUAUGCGACUUCACCAAAUGCCAGCGCUUUACAAUGGCUAGAGCCAAAACAAACAGCAGGUGGAGAAUAUCCAUACAUGUUUUCACAAUGUCAGGCGAUUCAUGCCCGCUCUAUGUUGCCGUGCCAAGACACUCCUUCUGUGAAAGCGACCUAUACUGCUGAGAUAAAGGCACCAGUGAAUUUGACUGUCUUGAUGUCGGCUUUGCGUGUCGGAACAGUAGAGUCUGGUGAAGAUCUCGGGAUACACAAAUUUCGUCAACCAGUUCCAAUUCCUGUCUAUUUGAUUGCACUCGCUGUUGGAAAAAUAGUCUCCAAGAGAAUUGGCCCAAAAUCACAUGUAUGGGCGGAAAAGGAGUUCAUUGAGCAAAGUGCAUUUGAAUUUAGUGAAACAGAAAUCAUGCUAAAAACUGCUGAAGAUAUUUGUGGCCCUUAUGUUUGGGAAAUCUAUGACUUGUUGAUUUUACCGCCGAGCUUUCCAUUUGGUGGGAUGGAAAAUCCUUGUUUAACUUUUGUAACACCGACUCUCUUGGCUGGGGAUCGUUCUCUGGCAGAUGUGGUUGCUCAUGAAAUAUCUCACAGCUGGACUGGAAACUUGGUGACAAACGCAAACUUUGAACACUUUUGGCUAAAUGAGGGAUUCACUAUGUUUGUUGAACGAAAAAUAAAUGGGAGAAUGUACGGUGAUAAAUUUCGAGACUUUUCAGCUAUUGCGGGGGUAAAGGCUUUACGUGAAGCUGUUGAAACAAUUGGUGAAACCAACCAACUUACGAAACUUGUGCCAAACUUGACAAACGUGGAUCCUGAUGAUGCUUUUUCAACAAUACCGUAUGAAAAAGGUCACACAUUCUUGUAUUAUAUUGAGCAGCUUCUCGGAGGACCUGAAGUGUUUGAACCAUUUUUGAGAUCUUAUUUGCACAAAUAUCAGUACAAAAGUAUAGUGACAUCGACUUGGAAAGAUUAUUUGUAUGAUUAUUUCAAGGAUAAAGUUGAUAUCCUAAAUUCUAUUGAUUGGGAUACAUGGCUUUACAAACCAGGGAUGCCCCCUGUAAUCCCAGCGUAUGACACAACGUUGGCACAGGUAUGUAAAGAAUUAGCUGACCGGUGGCUUCAGUGGGAUGAAAACACAACAAGUCCAUUCGACGCAUCAGAUAUUACCCAACUAAGUUCGAAUCAAAAGAUUGAGUUCCUGGCUGAAUUAUUAUUAGCCAACGAAACGUUAUCACAAAAAAAGUUGGAAGUCAUGAAUCAAGUGUACAAGUUAGAUCUUGUGAAAAAUGCAGAAAUCAGAUUUCGAUGGAUACGUUUGUCACUUAAAGGUCGUUGGAGAGCCAAAGUAUCACUUGCGUUAACCUUUGUAACGGAACAAGGACGUAUGAAAUUCGUUCGACCGAUUUACCGAGACUUAUAUGCAUGGGAAGAGGUCCGCCAACAAGCCAUCGAUACAUUUUUGGCAAACAAAGAUAAAAUGAUGUACGUCAGCGCUCAUACAGUGGCCACAGAUUUGCAUCUAAACAUCGAUGCAUGAAGUGUUGACAUAUGUGCCUAUGAUAAUCAUAAUUAUACUUGCUGAAUAAUGGGACAGAAUGGAUAUCUUGAUAUAAAUAUUUUGUACGAUGAAUAAAAUAUUUUAUACCUGGUGGGAAGAUGGAAACAAA